AUGGAGCCCCCAGGCAAGCAGCCCCUGCAAGAGGAGCUCCCCGCAGAGGAGUCCCUGCCUAUGCACUCAGGCCUGGAGCAGGCUCCCGGCACGCAUAUUCUCUACGUGGGCCACUUGAACCCCCAGUUCUCGGUGCCAGUGCUCACCUGUCUGCUCCGAGACACCCUGGAGCGACUGGAGGUGCCAGUGGCGCGGGAGCACAUCGAGGUGGUGAGGCGGCGGAGGAAGGCCCACGCCCUGGUGCGGGUGGCCACCCACGCCGAAACCCUGGCCUCCCUCCCCUGGCGCCUGCAAAGAGCCUUGGAGGAGCACCAGAUCAUCAAGGAGCUGGUGGCCCACGGGAAGGAGCUGGUGCUGGGAGUAGGCCCCCGGCCGGCAGACCACAGAGAGGAGGAAGACAGCGGCCCGAACCCUGGCCCCCGCCCGGGCCUCAGCCCGGGCCCCAGUCGGAGCCCCGGCUCCGGCCUCCCACGGGCCAGGAGCACCAACGCCCCGCCUGCCCAGGCCCCGACGUGGCGUAGCUCCCCGUACCAACCCAGGUGCGCGCGCUCGGACAGCGCCAUCAUGCACCAGGAGAUCCAGGGCCAGGAGUGGCUUUUCCAGGGAGCCUUCCUGGGCAGCGAGUCGCGCAACGUGGAGUUCAAGAGGGGCGGCGGCGAGUACCUGAGUCUGACCUUCAAGCACCACCUGCGGCGCUAUGUGUGCGCCUUCCUCAAUGGCGAGGGCGGCAGCCUACUGGUGGGCAUCGAUGACAGCGGGCUGGUGCAGGGCGUCCACUGCAGCCACCGCGAAGAGGACCACGUGCGUCUGCUGGUGGACUCCAUCCUGCAGGGCUUCAGGCCCCAGGUCUUCCCCGACGCCUACGCGCUCAGCUUCAUCCCUGUGCUCAGCGCCAACGCCAGCAGCACGCCCCUUAAGGUGAUCCGCCUGAGUGUGCACGCCCCCAAGGCCCAGGCAGAGCCGCAGCUCUAUGAGACAGACCAGGGGGAGGUGUUCCUGCGGCGGGACGGCAGCAUCCAGGGCCCGCUGGCCGUCCAUGACAUCCAGGAGUGGUGCAGACAGUCCUGGGCCACAGAGCAGAGCAAGCUGGAGCAGAGGGUGAAGGCAUUGAUGGAGGAGAAGGAGCAGCUCCAGCAGCAGCUGCAGCAGCGCAGCCCCGUCUCCUGCAUCUGCUGCGUCCUGUGA